CUCUCUCCUCCGUGACCUCCUUUUUACUUCUAUAAAUACACUAUAUUUUAUCCACGCUUGCAGCGAUUUGGACAGAGGAAAUGGCCGACAGCUCGAAAAUGGACGACUUUGUCAUGCAUGGCCUCCCGCUGCAGAGCGGCCGCGAGUUUGACUCUUUGAAGCAAUACAGCGGCCAGCUCCCGCUCAGUGACGACGGCAAGAAUCAGAUGUUCUUUUGGCUCGUGACCAACACCACCAACACGCAAAACAAGGACAAGUUCAUCCUCUGGCUCAACGGCGGGCCCGGGUGCACCAGCCUGGACGGCGUGUUCAUGGAGAACGGGCCGUAUAAGUUUGCUGGUUCCAACAAGCUCGAGUUCCGCGACUACAGCCUGUCGCAGCAAUUCGACGUUCUGUACGUGGACCAGCCAUUCGGCACAGGCUUCAGCACAGCGCCAGCCGACAACUACGAGACGUCGUUCAAGAACGCGACCGAGACGCUGGUUGGCUUCUUCGACAAAUUCUACACAGUGUUCCCGGCCUACAAGGACAAGCAGCUGUACAUUUCGGGCGAGUCCGAGGCCGGCACAUACCUGCCGUACCUAGCGUCGGCAAUGAUCAAAAAGAAGAUGCCGCUGGCCGGAGUCAUGAUAGGCAACGGGUGGGUUGAUCCGCACACCAUGUACAUGUCGUACGUGGACAUUCUGCGCGAGAAGCACCUGCUGACGAAUGAUGUGCAGAAGAAGAUGCUGGCCGGCAUGGACGAGUGCACGAAGCUGUAUAACAAGGCGCCGCAGCCCGUGCAUGUCAAUAUGUGCGAGCAGAUCCCCGAGAUAUUCAUCACCGAGGGCGGCCCGGCGGCCGACCAAUGCUACAACAUGUACGAUCUGAGGCUGACCGACACCCAGCCGUCGUGCGGCAUGAACUGGCCGCCCGAGGUCCACAUGUAUACCGACUACCUGAACCGCAAGGACGUGCAGAAGGCGCUGAACAUCCGCGAAGGCGCUGCCCCGGCAGUGUGGACCGAGUGCAAUUCGCAGGUGAACACGGUUCUGCGCGACGACAAUUCGCCGCCAGCUGUUGAUCUAUUGCCGCACAUCCUCGACAAGGUGCCGGUGCUGAUGUUUGUCGGCGACGAGGAUUUCCUGUGCAACCACAUUGGCAUCGAGUGGAUGAUUGGGAAUCUGACGUGGGCCGGCGCCCAGGGGUUCUCGAAAUCCGCCGAGGCAACGAACUGGACCGUGGCGCAGGACGUGGCUGGGACCGUGAGGGCCGACCGCGGGCUGACAUACGCCCGCAUCCUCAAUGCGUCGCAUAUGGUGGGCGUCGACAAGCCGCGCGAAAUCCUUGAUCUCUUCACCGUGUUCACCAAUGCUUCGGCCAGCAAUCUGCAAUUUGAGUCCAGCUUCCGCUCCGGUGAGGGCAAGGUCACUCUGCCUACUGUCGAGCCCGCCCAGGAUUCGCAUGUCCUGCGCUGGGCCUUCCUCGGCAUGCUGCUAUUCACUGUGCUGUCGUUUGCGCUGUGCUUUUUGCGCCGCAAGCAGCUGUUUGCCUGGUGGCAUGAGCGCCGCGGGAUCCAGCGCCUGGAUGACCCGAUGGUCACUGGCCGGCGCCUGCAUGACGACGAGCUCGACGAGGCAUUUAUGAUGAGCGAGUUCACCUUCAAGCAGCAAGGCCGCUCGAGCGUGGAUGUCGAGGGGCUACUGCUGGACGAUGAUACUGCGUCGAGCCCUGACGACGAUGACGACAGAGCUGAUACGGUCGUGGCGGAGCCAUCAUCCCGCCGUCGCCAGUGAUGCACCCACACCAGAUUUCUGUAAGCUUGGUAAAAUACGAAAACAAACUUUCAUUGACC